CUCAUCACAGACCACCAGGCGCACCGGCAGACCCUGUCUCUCUCUGCUGACUCAGUGCCUUAACAGCAGUCUCUCACCCGGUGAUACAGCAUCCAGACACCGACGCACAUUUCUCCGGCCAACCCACCCCGGCGACACUCUUCAGAGAUGGCUAAGACCGCAAUCGCUUACAAAGAGAAGAUGAAGGAGAUCUCCAUGCUCUCACUCAUAUGCUCCUGUCUGUACCCCGAGAGCCGCAAAAACAUUUUGGGAGACUUUGAAGAUAUGGACAUCAAGCCAAUUAACAAGCGUGCAUCAGGUCAAGCCUUUGAGGUCAUCCUAAAGCCACCAUCUCCUACAUCUGAUGUGGCUCACUGCAUCACCAGUCCCCCAAGGAGGGACAUUUCCCUGGAGGACAUCCAGAAGAAACUGGAGGCGGCCGAGGACAGGAGGAGAUCCCAGGAGGCGCAGAUCCUCCGAAUCCUUGCCGAGAAACGUGAUCAUGAGCGCGAAGUGCUGCUGAAGGCCAUGGAGGAGAACAGCAACUUCAGCCGCAUGGCUGAGGAGAAGCUGCAGGUGAAGAUGGAGCAGAUUGAGGAGAACCGGCAGGCCUACCUGGCGGCCAUUAUGGAGCGCCUGCAGGAGAAGGAGAGGCAUGCUCAGGAGGUGCGCAGAAACAAAGAGCUGAGAGAAGAGUUGAUGCCGUGAGAGGCUCCACCAGCCCCUACAUCCCCCCACCUACAGUCACCACCUCAUGUCUGAGGAACACCUCCCUCCCCACCUCGCCCUACAUGUCUACACCUCUCCACCCGUCUCCCUGACACACCCACCCCUCUUGUAUUGCUACGAAACUUCGAAGAAACGCCACCCUGACGUGAAAAGGAUUAAAAAAAUGUUAAUAAAAGGAGGAAAACUAUCAUCUCCUGUCCUUAAAAAAAGAAUGUUUUUGCUCAAAUGUGAAAAAAAAAAAAUCCAAUUGACACCCGACAGUGGUUUUUGUAAAUACUUCUUUUUUGUUAUUUACAGUCUGAUUCAAGCAGCAAAAGUAUUGAUUGCAGUGUGCCAUUUUUAUAUAUAGUUUUCUUCUCCCUGCAUAUAUAUGGAUGUAAUGAUCUGUUCAUUUUCCUUUCCUUUACUCUCUCAUUUCAGCCUGAGAAUGUUUGUUUUAGAUUUCUCUCGUGUGGUAACGAGCUUAGGUGUUUGUUGUGAGUUUGCCAGCUAGCUGAUGUUUUGCCGUUAACAGGUUGCGCCUCCCCACCACAAAAGUGUGCAUGCAUGACUGGGGAGCUGGGUGCAGAGUUGGGGCGCAUUUGCAGAAAAGUCCCCAGAAGGAAAGGUGGAGGGGGGGGGGAGGGUGCUGUUUCCACACAUCCGCUCCUGUGAAAAUAGGUAGUGACUGUACCGCAGGGGAACACUAUAGCAUUUAAUGAGCUCAUCCUCAUCUGCCUUCCCUUCAUUUCCAUCUCUUUUCACACACACGUAGGCCGUGAAAUCACUCACAUGCUCUCCACACAGCACAGGAAAAUACUGUUCAUGCUCCAUUGAUCUCAUAAAGCUUCCUUUAUAAAUGGCUUCCUUACAUCCUCAGAAGCACUGUUGCAUACAGCACCUCUGUUAAAGCUAAGGGGCAUCCUUACAACAUGGGAUCUCAACGAUCUCCAGUUGCAGUGAAUCAACCUAGAAAAAAGACAGCUUUUAUCUAUCUCUGACUCCUCUAGUUCUCUUCAUCAUUAAACUUUUCCCUGAAACACAGUAAAUACUGGCACAAUGGAGAUAUUUAAGCCAUAAGAGGCAUAAUUGCAGCAACGAUCCAUGGAAACGGUAUUUCUGAGAGUAAACUUGAAUAUGAGUUGCAACGACUGGUGCUGGACUUGGAUGAUCACACACAUACACAGUUGGCCUGUAGAUGUGUGUGAGUGGGCGUGUGAGUGUACUGCACAAACCCCAGGUAGUUAGCUUGUUGAUCUGUUUAGAUAUAAAAAUCAACAACAAUACAGUGUGUAACGAUUGUCAAAAAGUUAGACACAGACAGUUAGUUUCCUUCCUGACUCUUUCUAUCCUCUGUCCAUUUGUGUGUUUCCUCCUCUUCCAGGUAUAUCUUUGUGAGCAAGCAGUGGUUAAUAAAGAUUUGGGGUUCAGUGAAUAAAA